AUAAGUUUCCAAUGGAUGUUUUUUAAUGUCUUUUAGCAAUUUUAAGGCUCCAAAUGUUCUUCCAUGUAGAAUUUGAGUGGGAAGUAGAAUAAAGGAUCUCCUGCUGAAAGAUAUCUUUCUCGGAUCGAAUUAUCUGAUCAUAUAAGGAACUUUAGUCUUGAAAUGAAAUUCAGGACAAAACAUAGAAAUUAAUAAAAUCUCAAAAAAAUGAGGGGAAAUUAGUAAACAUAAAACAAGGAAUAAAUUCAAUAAAUGAAUAAAAGAUAAAAUUAAACUGACACUUCAGAGAUGCGCAUAAGGGAAACCUAUGUUAGGAACUUAAACCUUAUACCCCCUCAGCAUUUUUCUGAAAGUUGGUCAGUCAACAUGAACGGGAAUAGUAUAGGGAAAAGGAAAGAUGAUACUCCGACCAAGAAUCUCAGGACAGCUUCCCCAUCAGCGCCCUUGAUAUUUUUAAACCUUAUAAGGGAAACCUUUUACAAGAGCAGUGAAAUGCAGAAUAAACCCUAGCAUAUUAUUUUAUUUUUAGGUUGAUGAACAGAUAUUUAGAUAUCUAUUGGGAUGAG